UUAACCUUGUUUUAAAAUAAUUUACAUAAAAACAAAACAGAAAUAUUAUUUAACUAUUUAAGAAUUAGAAAAUUGUGUCGGCAUUACAGCUUAAUGUACUAAUAUGUAAAUAACAUAACAUAAGAAGUAAAAUAAUGUAACAUUUAAAGUCGACAAUCGUACAAAACAUUGUUCAGAAGAAUUCCAUUAUUGUUUUAUAUAUCAAAAUAAAUCAUGGCUAAUGUUUCAAUUCAGGAAAUUGAGGCUAUAGAUGAUUACUGGGGGCCCACUUUCAGGUCCAUCUAUGAAGGAGAUGGGCAGCAGACACUCAUGGAAAAUCUGGAAGCCCGGAUUAAAAGCCAUGAUAAAGAAAUAGAGCGAAUGUGCUCUCAAUAUUAUCAGGGCUUCAUAGAAUCAAUUAGAGAGUUGUUGCAAGUGCGAACACAAUCACAAAAACUAAAUGCAGAAGUUGUAGAAAUUGAUGCUGAUUUGCAAAAUAUUGCCAGUGGAAUACUUGCAAAAGGUGAAGCCCUUGUGAAAGCAAGAAUGGUUGAGAGUAAUAUAGCUAGUGUUAUACAAAAUAUAGAAGCAAGUCUGCCUGUCCUGGAAACUUAUUCUAAACUAUUAAAACAAGUUAGCGAAAAAAGAUAUUAUCCCGCAUUGAAAACUUUGAACCAAUUGGAAGAAAUUCAUUUGCCUGGUGUCUCACAACAUAAAUUCUCUCAACAAAUGAAAGAUUCUGUUCCCAAACUACGAGAAUCUAUCAAAGACGCAUCUAUGGCUGAUUUGAAGGAUUUUCUGGAAAAUAUUAGAAAGUUUUCAUCUCGAAUAGGAGAAGUUGCAAUGCGCCACACAAAAGAGCAAGAGAAAAGGGAUUUGGCAAUGGUUAUUGGAACUAUUAAGGCUUCCCAGACUAGUCUUGAAAAUGAAACUAAUACAAGUAUAAUACAAAAUGGCCUGUUGGAUGAUGAUGAAGAUGUCAGUGCUCAGGAUUUAAUAGACUUUUCUCCAGUUUAUCGUUGCUCUCACAUAUAUACCAUAUUAGGCUCUCAGGCAGAAUUUGAACAAUAUUAUAGGCAACAGAGAAAACAUCAGGCACGGCUGGUAUUGCAACCCCCUCAAAAUAUGCAUGAAAGUAUAAAUGCAUAUAAAAUAUAUUUGCAAUCCGUUGUUGGGUUUUUUGUAAUUGAGGAUCAUGUUUUGAACACGGGUGGAGAAUUAGUUGGAAAAGCUUAUUUAGAUGAACUGUGGAAUGUUUCACAAACCCGUAUGAUGAAUUCUUUAAGAACACAUUUUGCUUACUGUACAGAUUCUAAACUCAUGCUAAAUAUUAAAAAUUUAAUCAUGCUGGCAAGCAAUACUCUUAGAACAUAUGGAUAUUCACUGACCCCAGUUAAUGAUUUGCUACUAGAAAUGCGCGAUCAUUACAAUGAGGUAUUGAUGCAACAGUGGGUACAAAUUUUCAGAAAUAUUUUGGAGGAAGGAGAAGAAUUUCUGCCAAUGGAGGCAAAUAAUCAAGAACAGUUCAAUGAGGUUGUUUCUAUAUUCCCAUUUGAUUAUGAAAGUUUAGAACAAGAAGCAUUUCCAAGAAAAUUCCCUUUCUCUCCAAUGGUGCCUGCUGUUUACAAACAAGUCAAAGAAUUCAUGAACUGUUGCUUGAAGUUCUCUGAUGAACUAAAAAUGCCGCAGGCAGAAAUUGACUCGAUGGUUCGUAGAGCUUCAAAUUUAUUAUUGACAAGAAGUUUUAGUGGGUGCCUAUCUGCAUUGUUUAAAAAUCCAUCAUUAGCUUUGAUGCAGGUCAUCCAAAUUUUA